ACACACACUUGCAUCCCUCCUUCUCAGUUCCCACCUCCCCAAAACCCUACACCACCCAACCAUGCUCCUCCGGCGACCCCUCCAAACCCUCACCCUCCCUCUCCUCCGCCGCCACCUCUCCUCCGCCGCAGCCGAGGCGGUCGUCUCCCCGGCGGACACUCACCACGCGGACCCCCUCUCCCCGCCGUACGACUACCUCCCUGGCCACCCGCGGCCGGACGCCAAGCACGACGAGGUGAUCCUCGCCGUGCCGCGCGCCUCCUCGGGGCGGCACGUGGCCGCCAAGGAGCGCAAGGCCGGGCGGGUCCCCGCCAUCGUCUUCGAGCAGGAGAACGGACAGGAGGGAGGCAACAAGCGCCUCGUCUCCGUGCCGUCCAAGCAGAUCCGCAAGCUCGUCGACCACCUCGGCCGGUCCUUCUUCCUCUCCAGGCUGUUCCGGCUCCAGGUCUGGUCGGAGCACGCCGGGCAGGGGGACCUCGUCGAGAGCGUCCGCGUCCUGCCGCGCAAGGUACACUUACAUGCUGGCACUGAUGAACCUCUGAAUGUCACGUUCAUGAGAGCCCCUUCUUCUGCGCUUCUCAAAAUAGAUGUUCCUUUGGUGUUCAUUGGAGAGGAUGCCUCACCUGGUCUCAGGAAAGGAGCUUACUUCAACACCAUAAAACGAACAGUCAAGUACCUCUGCCCUGCUGACAUAGUACCACCGUACAUUGAAGUGGACCUGAGCGAGUUGGAUGUAGGACAAAAAUUGUUGAUGCGCGAUCUGAAAGUCCACCCUGCAUUGAAGUUGCUUCAGUCACCAGAUCAACCUAUUUGUAGCAUUAUAGGAUCGAGAGCACCUGAACAGAAGAAGGGAAAAUAACUUGUUCCCACUAUAUGAACUAUUUUGGACGCAGUAAGGUUCUUUUUUUUUUUUUUUGUUAUUCAGAUCUUAAUUCUCCUACUCGUAGGAUGAAUUUUACCCACAGACAGGUCACUGUUACCUCGGGAGGGAAUGUUUGGGGAAGCAAGAUGCUACAACCAGAAGCACUGCGGAAGUUGCCCAAACAUGGUUUUCUGGUGUUCACAUAAACUUCAGUGCGAUGAGCUUUGUUGAAACGGAACUUUUCAUUGUGAGCAAGGGGAAAGUCUUGAUUGUUUUCGUUUUAAUGUAGCAUUACACGAUUUCGAUAACAGAAGUUUGUAAGAAUGGUAAGAAAAGAUGCUCCUAUAUCUAGCCAUUAUGA